AUGCAGUUCCGAACUACAACCGCCGCCGCCGCCCUCCUCACCGCGCUCUCGCUAGCCACAGGCGCCGCAGCCGUCACAUGCGCCGUCUGUGCGCCCACAAUCACGUUCAGCGGUGUCGUGCGCACGCUCACGCUCGUCCGCCAGGAGAGCGGGAACACCGUGCAGUGCAACUACGACACCCCUGCGAUCCCGGGAUUUUCUCCUGGAUGUUUAUAUGGCGUGAGUACCCGCUUGCUGAAGAUGUUUGGUAAUGGGACUGGAAAAGUAAAUGUUUAUUUGGAUUUGCAGAACGUUAAUGGCGCGCUCAUCUUUACGAACGCGGGCACGGCGUGCCCGAGCACGAUUCCGCUAGUCACGAAGACUUCGUGUUGA